AUGUCUAAUGUUUUUUAUGGCUGCGGGUUUUUGCCUGAGCACAAGAUCCAGUCUGGUAACGGACCACUGCAGAUCUCACUCCAACUCGUCCCUAAGAUGCUAAAACCUCUCGUCAAGGAGUGGAUACCUCAGGCAUUUGUUAUUUCUUUCAAGCUGGAAACAGACCCUAGCCUUCUUCUAAAGAAAGCAAAAGAAGCACUUGAAAAGUACAGCCAUCAGGUAGUUAUAGGAAACAUCCUUGAGACUCGUAAAGAACUAGUCUGGGUGGUCACUGCCACAGAGUCCAGUCCAUUUCAGAUCAGACUGACCCCUGAGGAAGCAGACAGUGGCGUGGAAAUAGAAAAGUACAUUACUGAAUACCUGGCAAAGAUGCAUGAAACUUUUAUAACGCGAGCUGACAGUGUGAAAUGAAUAUCGGUGCAGCGCGUGAGAUUUUUUAAAAGAAAAGCCUGAAGCAAAGUUGGAUUAGCAGGAAUUAUACGAUAGUACAUAUAUCAUGUCUAAUGUUUUUUAUGGCUGCGGGUUUUUGGUUAGUGUGCUAAGCUGAUAGGGGUUACGAACGCACCAUUAAAUCUAGCUUUCUAGGAGCAAUAGAAGUGGAUGAGAAAGGUCUCAU